ACAUCACGACGAUAGACGCGCAGUGACACCAAGCCCUACCUUUCAGCAGUAUUUCCUCUCCCACAACAAGCUGGCUCCUUCCAUCUCAGAGAGCGGGUUUCAUUAGGAACAACCUGCAUUUAACGACUGAUUCAUUCUUUUAUGUAAUUAUUAGAACUGCGCAACGUUUACAUCUCGCAGGGACUUUAUAUUUUUUUAUUUUUUUUUCCAGUUUUUGUUUGUUUGUUUGUUUGUUUUUGUGUGUGUGGAGAUUAUCAUUUUUUUCUCAUCUUGCUGAUUUCCCUCUGACAUGGAAGUGAGAUGCCGUCCAGCGGUGAUGUGCUGUGUUCUCGCCGUCCUCUGCUCCGCGCUGUCCGGCUCCCAGGCGCUGUCUUACGCGGACAGGCAGUACCUGAACGAGUGGGCUGUGGAGAUCCCCGGCGGGCUGUCCGAAGCCGAGGCCAUCGCCAAGGAGCUGGACUACCAGCUGGUCCGACAGAUUGGGGCCCUGGAAAACCUCUUCCUGUUCAAACACGGCAGCCACCCUCGCAGAAUGAGACGCAGCGCGGCGCACAUCACCAGGCAGCUCUCGGAGGAUGACCGGGUGCUGUGGGCAGAGCAGCAGUACGAGAAGCGCAGAAGCAAGCGGGCGGCCCUGAGGGAAUGCAGGGACUGCUCAGUGGACAAACUUUUUGACGACCCCAUGUGGAACCAGCAGUGGUACCUGCAAGACACGCGGUCGUCGUCCUCGCUGCCGAAGCUGGACCUGCACGUGAUCCCCGUCUGGCAGAAGGGCAUCACGGGAAAGGGAGUGGUCAUCACCGUCCUCGACGACGGGCUUGAGUGGAACCACACAGACAUCUAUGCCAACUACGAUCCAGCAGCCAGCUACGAUUUCAAUGACAACGAUCCGGAUCCUUUCCCCAGAUACGACUCCACCAACGAAAACAAGCAUGGCACUCGUUGUGCAGGGGAGAUUGCAAUGCAGGCUGACAACAACAAAUGUGGCGUCGGAGUGGCGUACAACUCCAAGGUCGGAGGAAUUCGCAUGCUGGACGGGAUAGUGACGGACGCCAUCGAGGCGAGCUCCAUUGGGUUCAACCCCAACCAUGUGGACAUCUACAGCGCCAGCUGGGGGCCCAACGACGACGGCAAGACCGUGGAGGGUCCUGGCCGCCUGGCCCAGAAAGCAUUUGAAUACGGUAUUCAGCAGGGUCGCAAUGGGAAAGGCUCCAUCUUCGUCUGGGCAUCGGGUAACGGAGGUCGCCAGGGCGAUAACUGUGACUGCGACGGCUACACAGACAGCAUCUUCACCAUCUCAAUCAGCAGCGCCUCCCAGCAGGGCCUGUCCCCGUGGUACGCCGAGAAGUGCUCCUCCACUCUGGCUACGGCGUACAGCAGCGGAGACUACACCGACCAGAGGAUUACCAGCGCCGAUCUUCACAACGACUGCACUCAGACUCACACUGGAACCUCAGCUUCCGCCCCACUGGCUGCUGGGAUUUUUGCCCUCGCACUGGAACAAAAUCCGGAUCUCACGUGGAGAGACCUGCAGCACAUUGUGGUGUGGACCUCGGAGUUCGAUCCGUUGGCCAACAACCCGGGCUGGAAGAGGAACGGAGCGGGCCUGAUGGUGAACAGCCGCUUCGGAUUCGGCCUUCUCAACGCCAAAGCGCUGGUGGACCUCGCAGACCCAGCCGUGUGGAAGCACACGCCGGAGAAGAAGCAGUGCAUCGUCAGAGACGACUCUUUUCAGCCGAGGGAGCUGAAGGCGGCGGGAGAGAUCACCAUAGAGAUCCCCACCAAAGCCUGCGAGGGCCAGGAGAACGCCAUCGGCUCCCUGGAGCACGUGCAGGUGGAGGCCAGCAUCGAAUACACCCGGAGAGGAGACCUGCACAUCACGCUCACCUCCCCCGCAGGCACAACCACUGUGCUUCUGGCCGAGAGGGAAAGAGACACGUCAUCCAACGGCUUCAAGAACUGGGACUUUAUGUCGGUACACACAUGGGGAGAAAACCCCGCUGGCACUUGGACACUGAAGAUCACAGAUACUUCGGGGCGAAUGGAGAACAAGGGGCGGAUCCUGAAUUGGAAGCUGAUACUCCACGGAACAUCGGAAAAGCCGGAACACAUGAAGAAACCUCGAGUCUACAUUCCUUACAACGCCGUUCAGAAUGACCGGCGUGGCGUGGAGCACAUGGAUGACAUGAUGGAGGAGCCCACGCAGCCCCGCCCCCGUCAGAACACCAAGGCUGCAGAAGUCUCUCCUUCGGUCUCAGAGAAGAAGCCCAAAAGCCCCUCAGGCGGCGGCUCCCCUCGGCCCCCUUCCCAGGCCCUGCUACGUCUCCUUCAGAUGGCUUUCAACAAACAGGUCUCUGCGUCGCAGCUUCCCCAGGCUGCAGCGAGGCCCCUCUCUGCCCAUAGGAAGCAGCAGCAGCAAAGCCGGGGUUUUCUCCCUCUUCCUACGAAACUCCCAGCUCAUAAGCUGUACCAGGCUCUGGACUUGAUCAACAAGUUUAGCGGCCCGGGGGACAGCCUCUACAGUGACUACAGCAACGGCUUCUACAGCAUCAAGCCGUACAAGCACAGAAACGACCAGCUGCUGCAGGCCCUGUUCGAAAUGCUGGAUGACAAGUAGAAGCCGGAGAGGCGCGAGAUGCAGGGGGUGAGGAGAGGAGAGGAGAGGAGAGGAGAGGAGAGGAGA